AUGCCGCCCGGCCGCGAUGAUACCAAUGGCUUUCCUCGGGACUUAUAUACUGGUGUCCUUCCCGUCAUACCACCUGAAGGCAGUCUAGAUAAUUCGUCGCGCAAUAAUGCCGCAACCGCCGCGUCAGCUGCCGGUGUUCGCGCCCUGAGCGCUCAGGCUAUCGCCUUCUACUUCAGAGCUCCCGUCAAGGCUUUCUUCCGAACUCGAGUAGACUAUCUUGCAUAUGCCCGGAGUGUGCACCAGACGCGAACGGAAUCAUUCACGCGAGCCGCUGCUAAUGAUCCAGCCGCGUCAAGGUUAGGCCUCACUCUUAGGCAAGCAUGGAUGUGGGCGCGGGGUACAACCCCUGGAUUGCUCGCGUCCGUCAUUCAGCAGCAUGGAUGGAGUGUCAUACCUCAUCAGAUUCUUCCGCCGCUGAUGGCGAAUGUCGGAGUCGGUGCUGUGCUAUACACUAGCUAUUUACAAAUAUUGGCCCAGCUACACGAAGAGACUUCGAGAGCACCGAAAAGAAUUUUUCCUCCGCCAGACCCUAUUCACACCUUUACUGCGGGUUUCUUGGCUGGGAGUAUCCAAAGCGUUAUCGCGGCCCCACUUGAUGCCAUUCAGGCGAGAUAUGACCAUCGCGAUCUCAUGAAUGGAAAUAUCGACGGGAAGCCGAGGAGCAUGUGGUCAUUCUCAGCAGAGAAGCUUAGGGAAAUUGGACUGCGCGGGGUUUUCGCAGGAUGGGGGUUAUCGUUCUUAAAGGAUAGUUUCGGAUGUGCUGUCUUUUUCAGCACUUUCGAGUACGUGAAGGCCCAGGCCUUUUACCGAUUCAUCACGUGGUACUAUGGCGAUUUGAAACCGGACGUCGUCGACGUGCUGGCCCAGAAGAGACCGCCCAAACCACACCAUCUAACCGACAAUGCGAAAGAGGAUGCUGCCCAACCAAUUAUGAUUCGACCCCAUUACGCGAUCGAACCUAUGUUCUUACUACUCGCCGGUAUCACAGCUUCGUUCACCCAGCAGCUAUUUCUUCAUCCUUUGACGCACAUUCAAGUUCAGCAUUGGGAUCACCUAGAAGAUCUAGAUGCCAAGGCCGCUAAGAUGAGAGACUCGAAAGCCGCAAAUCCUGACAAGCCAAGACGUAGGUGGCGCAUGCUUCGGGCUUAUUACCAUGCCUAUCAAGAGACUUGGGCACAGUGUGUCGCAGAGGCGAAUUCAGAAGGCAGAGGUUUGAGACGAUGGUUGUAUCGCGGCUUUUGGUGGAAUACCAUUCGACAGGUCCCAAGCACUAGUGCUGGGUUGAUUAUCUUUGAAUUGGUUAGGCGGAAAUACGGUGCCGGAAACGAACCAGUACGGGUUGCACAAGACGAUUACGAAAUUCUCCUUGAUUAG